GUUAUAUAAUCACGCAUCUAAUUAACAGUAGAUUCCCAAAACGGCAAUUCUGACCUCAACCGGCUUCAGACCAGGAUUUUGCCGCGUAUUUUAUAUUUUUACAGCUAUUAUUUUAACCUUUUCUCUCUCUUCUCCCGGGUCGAGUUGGUUUUGCAUCCAUCCAUCAUUCCAAGAAAUAAUAAAUAAAGCCCUGCUUUUUGAAGUAUCACAGCCAGGCUAGAAGCCACUAAAAACAGGUUUCACAGCCAAGAAUACGCCAUGGUGUUUCAAAGGAUCAUAUUCAUUUUUUCUCCUGAUUUACAUGAAGCAAAGGGCCUCCCAGAUACCAUACCACCGCCAAUAUAAUAAUACUGCCCUAGUUUUGCCUUUCGUCCCCUUAUCGACAAAUAUGAUCAAAUAUGCGGCGGGAUGGCCAUACCAUCUACAUGCAUAUCGCUGCGUAUAUUAUUUAACAUUAUUAUUAUUACCUUGCUCAGUGCAACAUAGCUUGAAUCAAAUCGCCAUUCCCCGCACCGCAAGAAUCCAGAUCCGGUUCUCGCCUUCAAAUAGUCUGUACCACAUUGGCUCCGUUAACAGGAGCCAUUAUUGUUCGUUAGUCCAGUUGCCUUGCUUUUCUGGGCAGGAUGUUUCUCGGGAGGCCCCUUUUUCCAAAUCGCGUGUGUCUCUGUUUCUGCGUUCGAUGUCAAUGACGCGGGCGAAGGCAAAGCUGUGUCCUGGUUCCUCUCUCUCUCUCUCUCUCUCACAGUUAAGUUUCCUGGGAACAAUCGUUUAAUACAUCUUCUCAUAUACGCUCCCACGCUCAUUUUUUUUUAAAAAAAAUUUCAACUCUCCUUUACACUUCGCUCCUCUUCAUCGGGUCCGUUCCGUUUCAUUCGUUUAUACCCACUGGCCUUCAAGCGUUUUCCCAGUUCAAUUCAUUUUUGUUUUGUCCGUGAGGAAUUUUGACGCAUAUUUCGGCCACUGUUUUCGUGUGUGCACCAAAGCACUUUCUUUUCAGAAAAGAAAACACCAAAGAGGAGAAACAAAGCAAUCGUUAAUUUUUUAUUUUUUUUUAAUCUAUCCAUUCAUUUUGCUUUUCCAUUCUUACUGCCAAAUAUGCAUUCGUUUAUUUCUCUAUCUGCGUUCCUCACUUUCUUUUUCGCUAUCAUGGCAAAUGUAAAUGCAGCCGCCUCGCCGCAAAAUGAUAGCCCCAGCAAAUGUGAUGCUCAGAAUAUUCUCGAGGCUUGUGUGGAAUCUACCACAGCCAUUCUCAAAAGCUGCCCUGUACAGGACUGGGACUGCCUCUGCACCCAUUACAGCAAUGUCUUGACCUGCUACAACAACUGCCCCAAGGACCAAGGCCGACACGCCGUUGAAUCGUCAAAAGUCGCCAAUUGCAACGCAGCGAAACAGUUCAGCACAACUCGCUCGUCUUCGUCGACCUCAAAACCCACUGCUACACAAACUUCAGGUACCGCUGACAAUGCUGAUGCGUCGCAAACUUCGGGCGGCCGCAGGCCUACCGGGACAGGUCCAGCGUCGGAGACGGAGACGCCGAAUGCCGCGCCGGCGAUGGUGGCUAGCGGGGUUGAGAUGGGGUUGGGAGGGCUGGCCUGGAUGUUGAUUGCGGGGGUUGGGUAUUUGAUGUAAGUGCUUGGCGGGUGGGUUGGUAGUUAAAUGGUGUGGCUUGGGCGUAUGAAGGAGGAGGGUUGGGGGGUGAUUUAACCGUUUGCAGCAAACUGAAGCAGGGGGAGAGCCAGUAAUUAAGGUUGAGGACAUUAGUAUCUUCUUUUUUGACGCUGUAUGGGCGAAGGCGAGUUUGAGCCUGUUGGUAGGAUUGUUGAAAAGUGGUUGACCUGAGGGAUUGAAACUGCCAGGGGUAACCUGCUCACUUUUGCUGCAUGUUCCAAGGGGAAAUAUAGCGUGAAUGUGCUGAAUUAAUCAAAACUGAUAGUGGGAAGCUUAAGGGGCUUGUGGAAAUAAUUACUGUGGAAUUUUAAUAGCUUUGUUCUUGAUUAAUAUAGUUUAUUAGAUUAUUUAUUUCGGGUCUGAUUUCAAUUCGUCCUUUUGCUCCAGGUAUUCAUUGGUGAAAAUGAAAGCAUGGCAAUUUGUAGUAGAUUGACUUCGGUUUCAUACACCUAGAGAUGAAAUAUACAGGUAAGGCGAUAGUUUAUAUACUAGCUUGUCUCCCAAGCACGCUCCCCUAGGCUCCGCUAUGAAAUGCAUCAUCCUCUCUUCCUUUUCCCCCUACCUAAAUUCACAUCUUUCGUUUCGGCCGCGCCUAGAUCAUCGUCCACUUUACCACCAUCUAGAAGCCCCAUCGUCGAUGCCUCCUCCAUCCUUUCAUCAUAUCCCGACACCCCGAGAUGGCCAAUAACAAACGCCACCCUCUCAAUAUCCAACACUGAGAAGCUUUCGUUCCCGCCCUCCCCAUUACCCCGGCCCUCUCCUAACCCCUCCUUUUGGUCAGGAAUCUGAUUAAUCCUGCCUCUAAGUUCCCUCACCGCUUCCCAUAACUCUCUAUAUUCUUUCAUAUUAUAUUUGAUUUUAGUCUCUUUUGUUGCUGGUGACUUUCCCUUGGAUCUCUGGCCACCUUCUCCUCCACCGCCGUUGUUAUUACUACUGUUGGGGAAGUCAUGCGGGUACUUAUCCAGGCAAAGCCAAUUGAAAAGCUCAUCGCUAAAAAACGGGGCCGCAUUUAUACUCGUGUUGUAUGUAGCAUCUGACGGUGCAUGGCAUGGGCAAAUGGACAGGAAAAGAGAUGCCGUGGCGGGCCCCACGCCCCUCAGGGGCCCCGUCAGUGUCUCGAGCGGAGUGCUGGGAAAAGCCUCGCCUCCCGUAUUAGAUAGCGCGUCCUGGAGUUGUGAGAAAGCAAUCGCGGUAGUGGACUUGACGAGGGAGUCUGGAUUUGAUCGUAUCAUGCCCAUGAGGGCUGGUCGGUGGGAGCCAUGCUUGCUGUGAAAAUGGUACAUAUGAGCACAUUUUUUGUUGCUGAGGGGACAAAUGGGAACCAAACAGACUGUUUGGUUGGUGGGAAGGGAGGGAGCAUACAGUUUCCAGCUCAUAAGAUUGACAAUCUCAUCCUUCUCCAGAAACGCUCCCGAAAGGGGCGAAGCAUCAUCGUUCUUUGAUACUUUUACUUUUUUACUUGGUCUUUUCGCGGCGUCUUUACUGGUGUCGGCGCCAGCGGCAACGCCAGCCCUAUCUCUCAAUGUAGCAGGAAUCGACUCAUAGCGCAGUUUAUCCAAUUUCAAAAAGGCUUCGACUUCCG